AUGAGUCGCUCGACCACAUGCACACACACGCCAGUUACGCACCCAGGACGCACGCUGGCUGCACAGCAGAGACCGGACGGAGCUGAAAACAGAGAGAGGCACGCGUUAUUUUCCACGCGCCGCUUUCAACUGUGACACUGUGGGCUUGUCUGUUUUCAAGAGCGGAGAUCCCCAGUGUGCGCACUUUUACGCGGGGACCAGAGAGGCGCACCAAGACACUGUGGACUCCACACUCCGCUUAGCCUCUUGACUCUCACACGCCGGGAGUCUGCUCGCCUUUUUUUUUGGAUGGUUUUAACGUUUGUUUUGCGCAACAGGCUGCACCAAAAACUCAUUUAUAUUGGUGUUGUGACAUGUGGUUGUCACGUAUAGCCUUAUCGAUGGUGACUGAACACGCGCCGUGGGAUUAUUGAACUCGUUUACAUUGAAUCUUAAAGCGCCGAGGAGGACAUUUUUUGGCCUAAUUUAGUAAAAAGUCUACAGUUUUUCUCAUCAUACGAGAUGGAUGUUGUGAGCUGGCUACUUGGAUUGCUAGUGGCAGUGUGUCAUGUCGGGCUUCGGGUCAGGGCAGAAGAAGCCUCCGAAUGCAGGGGUAUCUUUGAUGCCAGCGAAGCGGGAUACAUCACCUCCCCGGGAUACCCUCUAGAGUACCCGCCUCACCAAAACUGCCAGUGGGUCAUCACAGCGCCAGAGCCCUCACAGCGCAUCGUCCUCAACUUCAACCCCCACUUUGAGAUCGAGAGGCUGGACUGCAAGUACGACUUCAUUGAGAUCCGAGAUGGCACUUCGGAAAAUGCAGAUGUAUUGGGUCGUCACUGCAGCAACAUCGCUCCAGCGCCAAUCAUCUCAUCAGGUCCCUCCCUCCAGAUCCGAUUUGUUUCGGACUACGCCCACCAAGGAGCCGGCUUCUCUCUGCGCUACGAAAUCUUUAAAACAGGGUCAGAAUUCUGCUUCCGCAAUUUCACCAGCAGCUCCGGGAUGAUUGAGUCGCCGGGCUUCCCUGAUAAAUACCCCCACAACUUGGAAUGCUCCUACAUGAUCAUCGCUCCGGCCCACAUGGACAUCGCCCUCACGUUUUUGACGUUUGACCUGGAGAACGACCCCCUGCUGGUGGGAGAGGGUGACUGCAAAUACGACUGGUUGGACGUGUGGGACGGCCUUCCGCAAGUGUCACCUCUGAUUGGGCGGUACUGCGGUACCAAGAUCCCUCCAGAGAUCCAGUCAUCCUCCGGCCUGCUGUCCCUUUCCUUCCACACGGACAUGGCGGUGGCCAAAGACGGCUUCUCUGCUCGAUACAACAUGACACGCAAAGAAGUCAGCGACUCAUUUCACUGCAGCAUGGCGCUGGGCAUGGAAUCAGGGAGGAUCAGUGACGACCAGAUCACAGCCUCCACAACUUUCUACGACAACUGCUGGUUGCCGCGACAGGCUCGCCUCAACAACCAUGACAAUGCCUGGACGCCCUCCGAGGACAGCAACAAGGAGUACAUCCAGGUUGACCUCCAGUUUCUGAAGGUCUUGACGGGCAUCGCCACCCAGGGGGCCAUUUCCAAAGAGACGCAGAAAUCUUACUAUGUUACCACAUUCAAACUGGAGGUCAGCACCAACGGGGAGGACUGGAUGAUCUAUCGGCAUGGCAAGAACCACAAGGUUUUCCAUGCCAAUACAGACCCUGCUGAGGUGGUGCUCAACCGCGUACCCCAGCCUGUUUUGGCACGGUUCGUGCGUAUCAGACCACAGACGUGGAGGAACGGCAUCGCCCUGCGCUUUGAGCUGUACGGAUGCCAGAUUACAGAUGCUCCGUGCUCCAACCUGCAGGGCCUGCUGUCUGGCCUGCUGCCUGACGCGCAGAUCUCUGCCUCAUCCAGCAGGGACAUGGUGUGGAACCCCGCCGCGGCCCGCUUGGUGGCCAGUCGCUCCGGCUGGUUUCCCUCCCCUGCGCAGCCCCUCGCUGGAGAGGAGUGGCUUCAGGUGGACCUGGGUGUGCCCAAAACAGUGCGUGGAGUCAUCACCCAGGGAGCGAGAGGGGGAGAUGCAGGAAGUGGAGGAACUACGGAGAACCGGGCUUUCGUCAGGAAGUACAAGGUUGCUUACAGCCUGAAUGGAAAGGAGUGGAAUUUCAUCAUGGACCGAAAGACCAGCCUGCCCAAGAUUUUCGAGGGGAACACACACUAUGACACACCAGAGCUGCGGCACUUUGAGGAGACGGUGGCCCAGUACGUCAGAUUGUACCCCGAACGCUGGUCUCCAGCAGGGAUUGGGAUGAGAGUGGAGAUUCUUGGCUGUGACCUUCCAGAAAUCACAACGCCGGCAGACACAGCCACGCCUACAUAUCCUGCAGGAGCCCAGACCACCACUUUCCCCGCAUCCACAGUCGCCACCUCUCCGCCAGCUGACGGCGUGUGUGACUUUGAGCACGGUCUAUGUGGGUGGACACACGACCCGAGCGCCCCCCUCCUCUGGUCCUUGCACAGCCACGAGCUCAACAGUCAUCUAUACAUCGAGGCCAGCCCGAAGACGGAGCAGCAGCUAGCCCGCCUCCUCAGCCCCACGGUGGCGGCCGACACCGGGCCCGUGUGCCUCCUCUUUUCCUACCAAAUAUGGGGGGAGGCUCAGGGUCACCUGAGGGUCCUGCUACGGGACGCCCACAAUGAGGAGACCCUUCUGUGGACCCUGAAAGAUGACCAAGGCCCAGUGUGGAAGGAGGGCCGCACCAUUCUACCUCGCUCACCUAAAGAAUACCAGGUUGUGAUGGAGGGCUUCUUCAUGCAUGGCACCAGAGGACACGUCUGGAUCGACAACAUCCACAUGAGCCCCGGGACGCCGCUGGAGGAGUGUACACAACCCAUCAACGCCUUCUCUCCAGAUAUGACAGGGGGAGGUAUUCCCGUUCCUCCCUUUCCCAUCCACUGGUAUUACAUUAUGGCCGCCGGGGGCGCCCUCCUCCUCCUGGCGGUGGCCAUCUUGGUCAGGGCUCUCUGUUGCUGCAGACGACACCUGGCCACCAAGAAGAGCCAGCAGUCAGUGGCCUAUCACAGCUCUUCGCAAUGCUUCCAGUACUCAAACUGGUCCUCCAGUAUGGCCGCCCCUGGGGUGGAGCCAGUCUUGACAGUGAGGUUGGACAGCCGGGACCGACACCGUACCCUCUGCUGAAAAGAGUGACUGAGGAUGCCUACAUGUGAUGUCAGUGGUAUCAAGCCACUCUACCGACUCAGCCAAAAAAAUUGGAUGUCGCUUUGGUUGCUUGUUUGCCUCUUUCCGUUGAGGAGUUUGAUAUUGACAUGUCACACGAUGACGCAAGGACUUAAGUUGGACUGGCUUAUUUAUGACCUCAUUGGCUGCUCUCCGGUCCCUCAGAACCCAGACAGCGCUCCUGGAACUUAACACCCCCCACCACCACUACCACACACACACACACAGACAGGUGGUCCAGGUUUAGCCAGGAAGAGCUGCCAAAGCGCCAGCAAAAACAAGACCCCCGAGACAGGAGGAUGAAAUCUGGCUGUAGAAGUGAACACUGCUUUUGCUUGGACUGUGGCCUGUUGGGGUGUUGGGCGGGAAGGCGCUCAAUUAUCCUUUCCAAGCGAGCAUGUGCACAUAUAAGAAAUGAAGAAAUGCAAAUCAAUCACACUUGAAGUCUGGCGUUACAAGUGGCGAUAACCAGAUUGCUUGAUGGAGGGACUCGUCCUCUCCUCAUAACGCGUCAGUCAGUGAUGGAUGCAGACGUCUUCAGCACUCACUUUUCCUGCUCGUAUUCUCCGUCGUAAUAAAGCAUUUUGCCCCUCUCCCAUUUACGUUUCGCACCACCCACUCGCGUUGUUCAGCUCCCAUCUUCAGUCGCCCAGAUGAAAGCCGCCGAACUCGGAGCCAAGUGGGUGUUUCCACCAGGAAUGUGUGCUGGCUUGUAAAUAGACGGAGCUGACUACUUUCAUCUCUUUCGUGAUGCUCGCACCUAUGAAUCCAACAGUACCAUGUAAAACAGCUGCUCGCAAGUCUUAGACCAAAGUCAUGUUGUAAAGUAGUACCUUGGUUAUUAAUCCUCUGCAAAGGAUCCGUCUAAAAAUGAAUCGUUCGAAAACUAAAACUAUUCUUCCCAUAGAAAACAACAUCCCAAAACACUGCAUAUACAUACAAUGCAUAUACAGUCGUCCCUCGCUACAUUGAGGUUGGAAAAUUGACUCCUCAUUCAAAUCACGUUCAAAAAUGAAUAAAUGAAUAAUUAAUUUUGUGGUUGAUUACGGCCUGUUAAUCGUCAAAAAUAUUGAAAGACAAAGUAUACAAGGUAUUCUGGUCUCCAUUAAUCAUUGUUACAUUGAUGAGACAUUUCAUUACUUUCACACUGCGUGGAGUCAGCUGUGGAAUGUUUGACAUGACAGAGUAGGAAAAAAAACUCUCCUCCCAUUCCAUGCGGAAGUGGUACGAUUUUACUUCCUACUUUGCCCUGCUUCUUUUUUUAAAGUUCAGCAUAACUAAAUUGGAGAGGUUAACUAGUUAGCUUUGUUUGGUUACUGAAGUCGGUAUAAAGAUAUGCGGGCAAACAAACUAAUUUGUCGAAUAUUGUCAUUUGAGUAUGCCAAAUGAAUGAGCCUCACGGGAUACCAGAGUAUUUGUUGUGUAUACUAAGUGUUUCCAGAUUUGAUGUUGGGUGUGAUAUGUUAAGAGAGACCAUUCUCAAAGCCCAAAACAACAUGAAGCAUACUUAAGAUAGGCAGGUUGGUAAACAAGGAUGUUAUACUAGUUGUCACAUAUCAGAGCAAUUUGACCAGUAAAUGCAGAUGAAGCCGGAACUACGGCACGGCUAAUAGCCAUGGCUAAGUAAAGUAGCAAAAGAAUCCAAAGUACACACUUCCCUCUCAGCAUCCACCACCAACCACUCAGGCAACAAAACAAGACAAGGUUUCUAUUGUGUGCAAAAAUCUGGCAUUGUCACCUUCUCGCUUGCCACUCAGCAGGAUGCACGUUGCCGCAUUCACUGGCGGGGCGCUUUGUUUUCCUUCCAGAGUGGUUUUGACUGAUAUUGUGCUUUUAAAUCAACACGCGGAGGAAGGAGUGGACACCUGGGUUGACGCUGUUCUGCUGCAAGCCUCCAAUAUUUUUUAAUUAGUUAAUGGACAGAUAACAUUUAUUAAGGCUGCGGUAAGCACUUUUUUUUCCUCCCAUCCACUGCACCUCCACCUUCCUGGAGCCUGCCAAGAUGAGUUGCCCUGGAAACGGUGCUAAAAAGGCCAUUGGCCAUAGCAGCCCUUCGGAUUGAGACGUGUGCCUUGCCAAGCAGUUACUCUCAUUGCUGAACGCUUGCCAACCACAGCGAGCGCACAACACACACUUUCACAAAAAGUCUUCACUUACCUAAUACACAGCUCUUAAACGUGAUAGUUUGGAUGAUUUUUAAAGGAGGCUUUAUUAUCUCAUGACGCGUUUGCAUCUUUAAUCACUGAGAAUGAAGUCUUAUAAGGUCACUGUGCUACAUGAUGACUGUGUUUGACAGCAAUGUACCAUAAUGAUAUUUCUCUAAUUAAUAAAGUCAUAUUUUUAUACAAUUCUAUGUGCCGCUCGUGUUUGCACCUGUUUUGGGGGUGUGCAACAGUGUUUACACACUAUGGACAAAUGUAUGGGGUCACCAUGACAUUGCAUCUGCCCUUCAGCUGGGAAGACUUUAAAUAUGAUUUUGGGGCGGGGAGGAUGUAAGAACUGGCGCUGUAAGAUGACAUGAAGAUUUAGGAGCAACUAAUUGGUCAAGUGGGGGUAUAAGCAUUUGCCAGACGUAGGGCACCACCAUUUUGCACAACGAAUGUGCAUCCCUGCCAAGAGGCAUAGUCAAAAACGAUCAGUUCAUGGUUAUGUAAUGGUACAGCUGCUGCCUUUUAGGGGUUGGACGCCAGCCCUGAAAAGUUGUAAUUUUAUUUAAUUUUGUAAAAUAUUGAAUUUUGCACUAAAAAUAAUGUAUUGAACAAUUAGUUUGCCGUGUAUUUACGUCGAACUAAAUUCAGCUCCAAGUCAAAUCAGAUGAAAGUAGCUUGGAAUGGGUCAGUUAGGUCUAGAGAUGUGACCGUAGCUGCCCAGUGCCCCAGAAUUCCAGGCGGUGCUCCAAUUAGGGGCGGGGUGCUCCACAUAAAAUUCCGCUUCAGGCCCCAAUUUGUCAUCUGGGUGUAAGUCAGUACUCAGUACUCCAUGUAGGGUGUGUUUAUAGGAAAGUGGUGUCUGGAUUGGUGUCAAUGCAACAUUUC